CAUGUUCCACGGGCCGCUCCGUACUUUGCUCUGCGCAUGUCCCAAGGGCUGCUGGGGACCGAGAGGGGAUAUUGUCAAAGUAUUUUCUUCAAAAUAGAAUUAACGGCUUUGGCGCGAUGGCUUUUCAAUGUCAGAAGCAAUGCUACAUGAAGGAGUUUGAAACCCUGGUGGUAUCAUGUAUUCCAGCAGAGUUGAAAAUCACUGGGAAAAAAGAAACUCUGAAAGGUUUUAACGUGAUUCUUGAGGACACUUUACUGUUUCCAGAGGGAGGUGGACAGCCAGAUGACCGUGGGUUUAUAAAUGGCAUCCCUGUGUUACGAGUAACAAGACAUGGGCCAGAGGCUGUUCACUUUGUGCAGUCAUCCUUGGAGCCUUUAUCUAAGGUUCAGGUGAAGAUUGACUGGGAAAGACGGUUUGACCACAUGCAACAACAUUCAGGACAACAUUUAAUUACAGCCAUAGCAGAUUUGAUGUUUGGUUUCAAAACAACCUCAUGGGAACUGGGCCGUCAACGUAGUUUCAUUGAACUGGACACACCUUCUGUGACGGGUGAGCAGGUUGAAGCUCUGGAAAAUACAGUAAAUGAGAAAAUCAGGGAGCAUAUUCCUGUCAAUGUACGAGUUGUAUCUGUAGAUGACCCAGAGGUAGAAAAGGUGAGGAGUCGGGGUUUACCAGAUGAUCAUGUUGGCCCAGUCCGAAUUAUCGACAUUGUAGGAAUUGAUGCAAAUAUGUGCUGUGGAACACACGUCUCGAAUCUCAGUCAUUUACAGGUCAUCAAAAUUUUAGGAACAGAUAAAGGAAAGAAGAACAAAACAAACUUAAUUUUCCUGGCUGGGAAUAGAGUGUUAAAAUAUACAGAGAAAAGCUACGCAGUGGAAAAGGCUCUAACAUCACUUCUCAAGAAUGGGCCAGAGGAACACAUUGAAGCUGUGGACAAAUUGCAAAAAUCAGUCAAAUUGCUACAGAAGAACAGUCUAAACCUGCUCAGAGAUUUGGCUCUGUUAACAGCAAAAAACUUUAGGAGCGAUCCAAACAAGGGCAAGUUAUUAGUUUUGCACAGGAAAGAUGGGGACAAUGAAUUUAUGAAUAUUGUAGCAAAUGAAGUUAGUGCUGAGGUAGUGCUUGCAUUUCUAACAGUCGGUGAUGAAAAAGGAGCAGGCUUAUUCCUGUUAGCAGGUCAAGUGAAUGCUGUCGAAGAGCUAGGUUCAAAGGUCGCUCAAAUCCUUGAUGGAAAAGGUGCUGGAAAGCGGGGACGUUAUCAAGGUAAAGCAAACAAGAUGAGCAAACGGCCAGAGGUGGAGGCUCUCCUUCAGCAAUACGUGAAUGCGAUGGAUACAAAAGAGGAAUGAAGACACACAAUGCAUGCUGGUCUAAAUUUACAUGUAUAAUAUCAUUUUGUCUAAAAAGAAAUGUACUUCAUCUUGACCAUGUGGUCUUUCAAAUGUAGACUUAGAGUAUAUCUGCACUCACAACUACAUUUGUGAGUGUGACUGUUGCCUAGGUCCAAGACUGGCUCUGAAGGGAAAAGGAGUGCCAUUCCUGCUCUGAGGAAUGCUGGACGCGGCUGUGACUCCAAGAUUGAGGCUGUAUUUGCAUUAUAACUGUGGUGUCAGUGUGAAGUGACACUGCUUUGCACCAAGUGAAUACAUGCAUGAUCACUCCAUUGACCACUGAAUAGAGUUUAAUGCUGGUCGGUACUUGGUAUGCAUCACAUGGUGCACACUAUCAAUAAAAUAAUUUGUUUUUUUUAAA